UAUGAAGCUUCUCUGUUUAUUUAUUUUCUCCUAAACAAAGUUGGAAAAUAUUCGCAACGCUUUCCCAUUCUUCUAUUCUUUGUUUACAGUGCAUGAUUGGCUUUUGUUUGGAAAGUGAGCAGGGCCACUGGCAGGUAGCCGUGAUUUAUUUUGCUGGUGGAAUUUCCGGCUCGUUGGCCACCGCAUAUACUCAGCCAGAACUAUCGUUGCUGGGCGCGUCGGCUAGUGUUUAUGCCCUGCUAGCGAGUCAUGUGCCACAUAUGGCGAAGAACUUCUAUCGAUUGCCACAUCGUUAUCUGCGCAUUGCAGCUUUGUUGAUUUUGUGCGUCAGCGAUGCUGGGUUCACCUGUUUCCACAAUCUGGUCAACAAUAACAUGAGCCCUCGUAUUUGCGUGGAGGCACAUAUUGCUGGAGCUAUGACUGGACUUUGUUUUGGGUUUUUGCUCUACAGCGGUGCCAAAUGUCGAGGUUAUUGUACCGACUGCCGUUUGCCAAAUAUAUGCUUGGUAUAAAUAAGUUAUAUGUUUUAUAAGACAUCGUAACUGUAAUGUUUGUAAAUCAAUAUAUAAGUAUAGCUAUAUAUUUAUGUAUGUUCAUAUGUACCAGUAUUCACGAAUUUUAGUGAUGCGUGUAUUUUAAGCCCUCAUUAGUAUUCUAUGCCAAUAAAACGGGGCGCAAAAGUGUGUAAAAACCAGAGAGCUGCAUGGAUACACUCAAAUUGCAUCUUAAGUCACUCGCUUUCUUUUCACAUCUGCACACAUUCGCACUCGUUUAUUUCCAAACAUAACGUGCGAUAGCAUUGAAAAAACAUUGUCAAUUGAGUGAGUAAUUCACACUAUCAAGUGCUCGAUUCAAAUAACAAAUGCUUGAUUUGAAAAGCAAGUGC